AUGAAUGACCUAAAUAACCAGUACAGCAGCAGCUCUGAUGCAAAUUCUGAUUCGAAAACAACAGAAGAUGCACUGGUGUUGAUUCUGGACCUGUCGCCGACAGCAUGGUCAUCGGGAGUGACGCCGAAGCCAGAAGACCCGAACCAUAAAAUAUACUUACACAACCUGUAUAGCGUAGUAGUGGACUUUUUAAAAUCGUUCGGAUAUAUGUCAGUGAGAAACAAAUGUUGCAUGAUAGGAACGAAUAACGCAGGCUCGAAGAUAAUAUACGAAGGAAGUAUAUACAAAGACUGGCUUCCGUCGUGCUUCUCGGGAAUCGACGCACAAUCGAAGUGUGUAGAGACGACAAUUACGGCGAUGUGGAACGAGAUAGUGGACUUGGUGAGCAAGGGACUGACCAACUCAGAAUCAGAUUCAAACCUGACGUCAGCAAUAUCGAUGGGUUGCCUAUAUCUGAAUCGCAUCACGAAGUCGAAAGCAGGCUUCGGAAGGAAGAUAAUCAUAUUCGACGUAUCGUCGAGGGAAAACUACAAAUCGCAAUACAUAGGACUGAUGAACAUAGCGUUCACGGCGCUGAAGCAGAAUAUAACAAUUAACACGCUGGCACUGGGCCAGCCAUCGAGGAUAUUGGAGCAGCUUAGCACGAUAACAAACGCAAAGUACCUGGACCUUUCCAAGAUAUUCCAGUCGGACGUGGAGACGUCGAACAUAGAACAGUCACUGUCGCAGCUGAUAUCGUUUUGGCUGCUGCCGUCAGAGGAGGUGGGCGAGAUCCUUUCGACGAAGCUCUCGUUCGAGUUCGGAAACACCGCAAUAUGCUACUGCCACUACAAAACCGUCGAGGUGUCGUACCUCUGCCCGUGCUGCUUCGCAGUGUACUGCUCCGAAGUGGACGACAAGGGCAAGUACAGGAUGGUCUGCAUGGUUUGCAGCUCCCGGCUGACCAGGAAGCUGUUGAAGCAGAAGCUUUCCAGCGAGGCGGACUUUACACACAACUAG